ACAAAGCUGCGUGGUUUUACAUUUAACAUUAUACUUUCCUGGCUCCUUUUUCCUUGUUGGCCGUCUAAAGGCAAGAAGAGUCACCAGCAGCUCUACUGGAGUCACCCAAGGAAGUUCUGCCUGGGUUUUUGCUCUUGCCGUGUCUGCUCUAAUCACCAUGGUCUGAUCCGGAAAUACCAGAUGAACACAUGCUGUCAGUGUUUCCAUCAGUAUGAGAAGGACAUAAGCUUCAUUACGUUGGACUAAGUGACCUUGAAUCGAUUAUUUAACACUGUCUACUCAGUGAAACAGAUCAUGUUAGUCUUUGUACAAAAAGAAUAAAAAGGGGGGGUGGCGCAGUGGUGGCACACACCUUUAAUCCCAGCACUCAGAAGGCAGA